CAUCACGCGUUACUUCCAACCGGCACACAGUGUUCAGUCUAAAACACAAUACUUCUAAAAAUGGCUUCGUAUUUCCGUGUAAAACGAAGACACGAUGAAGAACCAUCGAAUGUUUUACUUAUUGCAUGUAAAAAAAGUAAAACUACUGAAAAUGAAGAAGCCGAAAGUGCAAGCAACGACGAACCGGUAACCGCAGUUGUCAAAUUUGCUGGAACAAUCACAGAACAUGAUGAAGAUUCAUUCAAACGUAUGGCACAAGCAGUUAAAAGAAUUGAAUUGAAAGAAAAUUUCAAAAAACACUUGGUCGAUGUUAAAAAUAUGCUACGCACACAAAUUGCAAAUAAUUCUAUUCAAAAUAGAUACAAGAUAGUUAGUUAUUAUCGUUCAAAGAAUGAAUCUAAUGCAGAUGAAUCAGAAAAUAAUAUGACUGUAAUAGACAUUGAAGAUUCUACACCGUGUUCCUGUGAGUGUUCUUCUGUUGCUGUUGAUGAAAAUGAUUCAGAAGCAGUUAACAAUUAUGUAUACGACUUGUAUUAUACUGAACAUGGUACGAUUAAUAUAGACGAUGAUGUUUUAGUAUACCUCCAAGGUAUUGAAGAAGAAUUGGUUUAUGAUAUUGAAGAAAAUGAUGAACCAGAGUAUUCAUCUGAUUCCAAUUCUGAAUCAAGAUGGAAUGAUUAUCCUGAUACUGAUAAUGAAGAAAAUGAAGAAAAUGAAGGUGAAGAUGGUGAAGAUAAUUAUGAUAAUAAUGAUGAUGAUGAUGAUGAUGAUGUAGAUGUAGAUUAUUUAACUAAAGAUGUCCACAGAUGUCAUAUAAACGAUGACAAUGAAUUAGAUUCAGAUUCUAGCAUAGAUGAUAUUAUUUAUACCAUUGAUCUAAAGGAUGUUGAAUUAUAUGGUUAUGAUUAUGCAAGGUAUAAAGCAAGAACAAAAACUAAUUUUGCUAUGGGUAAUUACAGACAUAAUGAUGAAUUACAAUUUGCUUUUGAAGAUAUCGAUGAGACUAUAAGUGGUGAUGAAGCCAAUAAUAGUACAUCUUUACAUGAUACUUAAAAUCAUGUAAAGAAUUAUAUCUCAGAACCUGUUUUAUUUUAUUUUAUUUUAUUUUUUUUUCAUUUCAAUAAUAUCAGUAUUGUUUAAUUUACAAUGAUUUCA